GCAAGAACGAGGAAACGUCUUACAAGUGGACCACAAGCGGCUUAAAUCGACAGUUUCUAACGUUUAUACAAAACAACAACAACAACCUUGUGGACUUUUCUUUGGGUGAACAGGGGGAAAUGCUAUACAAUCCUCGGCAGUGUUCUGAGACUGUAUAGCCCAGAUCCCUUUUAGCCCGGUAGAAAGUCCGCCUGGUCAUAUGGAGCGAACGAGAUUAACAUGCUAGUAAUGUAAAUACCGCGGCUAAUCUUCUUUUCUUUUUCUUUGUCUUUUUACAUUUUUUGGACCGAAGUUCGCAUUUUACUUCGAUUAUUUUGGCGUUUCAGUUAAAUUUCCUCUCCUUUUGAAUAUUGUGACUUGAGUCGGAUUUAGACGGUCGAGGGAUUACGCCACAUCUCAAGUGGGUUUUGCGUAAGAGAAAAAACAUGACAGCCGAUAAGGAGAAGAAGAGGAGCAGCUCAGAGCGACGUAAGGAGAAGUCCCGGGAUGCGGCUCGCUGCAGGCGCAGUAAGGAGACGGAGGUUUUCUAUGAGCUGGCGCACCAGCUGCCACUGCCGCACAGUGUAAGCUCCCACCUAGACAAGGCAUCUAUCAUGAGACUGACCAUCAGCUUUCUACGCACACGCAAGCUGGUUGCCGCAGGCUGCAGCAGGAGUGACUGCAAAGAGGACAGACAGAUGGACAACAUGUACCUGAAAUCUCUGGAGGGCUUCAUCACUGUGGUAACCUCAGAUGGUGACAUCAUCUUUCUGUCAGAGAACAUCAGCAAAUUCGUGGGCCUUACACAGGUGGAGCUUAUAGGUCAUAGCAUCUUUGACUUCACCCACCCAUGUGACCAUGAGGAGAUCAAAGAGAACCUUAGCCUCAAAACAACAGGGAGUGGCUUCAGUAAGAAGGGCCGGGAACUGAGCACCGAGCGAGACUUCUUUAUGAGGAUGAAAUGCACCGUUACCAACAGAGGACGCACCGUCAACCUCAAGUCAGCAAGCUGGAAGGUGCUGCACUGCACCGGCCACCUGAAGAUGUACAACAGCUGCCCUCCACGUGUGCUGUGCAGCUUCAGGGAGCCCCCGAUCACCUGUGCGGUCCUGAUGUGUGAACCCAUCCCACACCCGUCCAGUAUCGACACACCGCUGGACAGCAAGACCUUCCUUAGCAGACACAGCAUGGACAUGAAGUUCACUUACUGCGAUGAGAGGGUGACAGAGUUGAUGGGUUACAGUCCAGAGGAUCUGCUUGGCCGCUCUGUCUACGACUUCUACCAUGCCCUUGACUCAGACAGCGUUACCAAGAGCCACCAGAACUUGUGUACCAAGGGCCAGGCAGUGAGUGGUCAAUACCGUAUGCUGGCUAAACAUGGAGGUUACGUCUGGGUAGAAACCCAGGGAACCGUCAUUUAUAACAGCCGCAACUCUCAGCCCCAAUGCAUUGUGUGCAUCAACUAUGUUCUCAGUGACAUCGAGGAGAAGUCAAUGAUUUUAUCCAUGGAGCAAACCGAGUCACUUUUCAAGCCCCGCCACAUGAGCAGCUUCUUCAGCACUAUAGUCCCGGGCGUGACAGGGGAGCCUGGCGAUGCCAUCUUCACCAAACUAAAAGAGGAGCCCGAGGACCUCACCCAGCUGGCUCCGACAGCAGGAGACACAAUCAUCUCCAUUGACUUUGGUCACCCUGGGUUUGAGGAUUCCCAGCAGCCGCCAGCAUACACCCAGUUGUCUGCCUCAUCCAUGCCCCCACCUGGGCCCCCAUCCUGGUCCGGUGACAGCCACAAAUCUGGCCCCUCGGCCCCAGCUUCAACCCCGGCUCUGGGAGACAUGGCUAACAUGGCUGGCACGUUCACCAUGCCACAGAACCCGCCACCUGGCAGUGCCACUCCGAGCCUCAGCAGCUGCUCCACGCCCAGUAGUCCUGGGGACUACUACAGCCCAGUGGAGAGUGAUCUGAAGGUGGAGCUGACGGAGAAACUGUUUGCAUUGGACACAGAGGGUACCAGUAGCCCAGCAAACACUGAGACGGACUUGAGUGACUUGGACCUGGAGACAUUGGCUCCCUAUAUCCCCAUGGAUGGAGAGGACUUCCAACUCAGCCCCAUCAUCACAGAGCCGGAGUCCCAGGAUGGGGGGCAGGCAGGAGCCAUGGGAGGUCAUGCCUUAACCCCCCAUCACCCACCAGCCCAGCACAGCUUUACCAACAUUGCCAGCCUCUUCCAGCCGCUGUCCUCCUCUGCCCAAAGCCAAGGCUCCUACGAGCCCCAGCCAACUUCACCAUGGGCCUCACAGAAGAAGAGAGACCCCAGCCAGGGGCCUGUUGACCCCAGGGCAGGGUCUUGCGUGUCAGGGCAGACACAGGUGCCUCCAUACCAGGCUCCGGCUAACAUCCCACUGUCCUCCAUGAGUGGCAGGCAGAAGCUGCAAUGGCCACCAGACCCGCUGUUAACUUAUCAAGAACAACCCCAGGCAACCAAGACCUAUCUGAUGGACACCUCAAUAGGAGGGGAGCGCCCAUCUUGUCAACAGAACAUGUCUGGACUCAUGCAGAAGCAGAGAUCCAUGGAGAACUUUGUACAGGCCUACAGAGACAUGAGUCCAGCCAGAAUUGCCAUGGCCAACAGUUUGAAACGCUCCUUCAACCAUAUUGCUGUUGGCGAAAGUAAGCCAUCGGAAAUUAUAUUUAAGAAGAUGAGGGGGAAUGGCUGUGCUGUCAUGGACCGUUCUUUUAGUGCAGGCUCACUGACAGAAACAGGGAUGGGAGGAAUGAUAUCAGGGAGCAUGUUACAACAUCUCAGCCCCAUGCACAGGAAAUCUCAGUAUCCAGGAAGUGGGAUAGGUGGUGCACCUAAGAAACCUUUCCCCCAACAAACCUGCAGUUACACAGAAUACAGCAUGCUCCCUUCCAACAAAACAGGGGGUGUAGCCAGUCGUUUGCUGGGCCCAUCGUUUGAGUCCUACUUUCUGCCGGAGUUGACCCGAUAUGACUGUGAGGUCAACGUCCCGCUGCAGGGCAACCUGCACCUCCUCCAGGGCUGUGAUCUGCUGAGAGCCCUGGACCAGGCGACCUAAACCACGCUGCCACAAUCCCAAGACUUACUCCCAGUCCUGUGCUUCAGCCCACAGUUUGAGACCUAGGUCGAUAUAUCCCCCCUUCCUCUUUGCUGGGGCCCGAGGCCAAGCCGUCUACAGAAUGGUAUUCAACACCCACCACCUGCCUUAUGUAACCUGACCUAGUCUCUGUCCUUUUUGGUGGUUGUGUGCUUAUAUCCACAGCCUUUCUCCUCCCACAUUCAAACAAGCUGAGAUAUUAGGGCCAAGCCACUUAGAUGCAUGGGAUUCGAAACACAUAACCAGCUCUAGACACACAUUCUGUCUCUGCCAUGUGCCAAACAUGUACAACCGUGCCCGAACUGUAUCCUCACCUACCAUAUCCUAACCUGAAAAAAACAAUGUACCCAGGUCGACAAAAGGCAUGGGAUGAAACUUAUGACCUGCAUCCUAGUCAACUCUUGUCCAGUACAUAAACUAUAUCUAGCCACUUGUAAAUACACCCAUCCACCCUUGCUACCAUGGCGUCUAUGCAGAACAAGGCCCAUGCAUACACUCAGCCCUAACCCAUAACUCUGUCUCUCAAGACCAAGGCUAAAGAAGUAGCCAGAGACCAUGUUAUCCACUUACUAACAGGGACGCUGUACUAAUUUAUCUGAAGUAUUUGAACCUCCAUUAGCCUCUCUCACACUUGUAGACCAAUUUAUUUAACCUCAGACAACACUCCCUGUGUUUUCCUUCAAACCUUUGUCUUUUCUACACAUAUAGACACUUGCCUCUUCUUGUCUAAGCUGAAUCAUUAUAUCAGUAGCAGCAUCGAUUCACUUUUCCAGAGUACCUUAGUGAUACGCUUUGGUAGUUUAUGAUGAGUCGCAGGCAAACCCUUUUUCCCAUUCCAGCCCCGCCUUAUUGCCUUUCACAAUAUUGUUGGUUUAACAAUGGCUCUAGGUCUGUUUCGGGCAACUUUAUCUUCAAGAUUAUACACAUAAUAUCAUUAUGUUAUUUUCAUUUGUCAGUGUUUUAUUUUCUGUUUUUGAAUAGCAAUUUUUGUGCCUUUAUCAAAUGUUCCCACAUUGUUUAUCCCUUAUCAAUCAGACAGUUUAUCAUAUCGUCACCCAAUUGUUUUUCCCCCUUUCUCAUUUCCCACUUCAUCUAUACAUUUCUUCUAUUUUGUGUCUUUCACAGACACAUGAAUUAACAAGUAUUGCAAUAAAAGUACCCCACUGUAAGUCUGAUAUAGUAAAGGUUUAUUGAUUAUUGUUUUAUUUCUGUUUCUUAGCUGUUUGGUAUUUUUUUAUCUUCAACUUCAUCUAAACAUGGUUCUUUCGCUCUCUCACUUCCUCUCUCUCUCUCUCUCAGUCGGGUAAAUAGAUUGAAUGACAAAGUCAGAGUUAGGCGAGCAGCUUGUGUGCAUACCAGGGUUAGUUUCUUAGUUGUCAACUACCGAAUAGAGCUAUAACCUGUGUGGGUAGACAGAUAAGUUUUUAUCGUGUCAGUAUUUUUAUCACUUUCGUCUGCCAAGCAUGCAAAUAAGCAUGUGAAAAGGAGUCCAUGCAAAGCAGACGGAGAUUUGUCUGUGUGACUGGACCUCGUGGACAGCGCAAGGCCAGUGGGUCAAAAGGAGCCGCAACGAUAAGAAUAUAGUAAUUACACUAAUUACUUACACACAGUGCACAUAUGAUGAAAGAGACAACAACCUUGGUUUCACUGCAGUACAAGUAGGCUGUGGCGCGACUUGGAAGUAUUCACUGGGGGUAUAGGCAUCAUCGUGUAGGAUCAGGGAGAGGCAAGUUCUCUCAUAGUUCCGGAUUGGGAGUUUCUCCCAGUACAAAUGAGUUUCGACGGAGUAGUCAUCGUGUUUCUAACUCGACAAUGCAUCACAGGUUUACAGCAUAGUUCCGAACUUUUAUCAAAAGCAAACAAAUUCAAUUGAACCCCACGCUAUAAGUUGCCUUCAGGUUGGCUUUUAAGUGAGAAAAGCUCGUACUUUCUCUCCCUCCUCUCUCGUUUUCUCUUUCUGUUUUCCACUUCCUGUUGUCUCACAUUCUCCCUCUUGUCUUGGUGUCACUAUUUGUUGAUGUCUUUGUCUUUGUGUGGUGACCACUUUUGAGUAUGAGUCAUAGAGCUUUGUACAUGCCUAGCUGGUGUAUUUAAAAGACCGACGUGCUAAGUGUCUUAGACGGUGUUUUUAGUGCUCAUGUGUCCUGGUACUUUGUCCUCUCUCCGCCUGAAGACGCAGAUGGAGCAGAUGCAGAUCUCUCUCUCUCUCUCUCUCUUAGCGCUGGUUUCUUCUUCUUCCAUGUGGUGUCUUGGUGCUUUGGCGUCUCCUUUGUUUCAGAGUUUUAUGAUAAAGUAUCUCUUGAAUCUGUCAUUAGGCCAGUAAUUUUUUUUCUCGUGCUUUAAGAAAGAAAAAAAAAAAGAUAAUGAUGGAGAAAAACACAUGUAUGAAUGAUGUAUGUCAUUUUUUUUUUAAAGUUUCACCUUUUUGACAUGUAGCAUUUUAAAUAUUGUAAACAAGGCAAAAUUUUACACUGAAUUAAUCAUUUAGUUUUUCAAAGGCAUAUAUAAAGCAACGGUGCUUCAUAGACAAUGUUUCUGAUAUUCGUUUUUAAAGUCAUCUAUUAUCAUGUCUCUUGGAUCCAGUUCCACUAACGGUGUAUUUUGAUGUUUUGUCUUUUAAUUUGCGCUGAAAUUCUCUUUAAGGUUGACUUCUAAUUAAUUCAAUGUGCCUUAUCAUUGCCUGUCUCAAUAUGGAUUCAACCCUGAAAUAUGCCCUUCAAGUUGCACAGUAAGUUCCCUUGACUCUGUAGGCGUGUUCCUGGGGGCUUAUUAUAAAUCAAAAUCCUAACUACCUACUCUAUUUUAUAUCAAAGAUUAGACUAUGUGUAGCCUUGUCCAACCCCCCCCCCCACCUAUUUUGCAAGAUCAGUGCCAGUGCUUAAGAUUGAAAUUAUAUUUAUCUGACACUUUUCUCCAAAGCUGCUCAAAUUCCCAGGGUAAUGUUUAAUUCUGGGUGGCAUGGUGGCGCAGUGGUUAGUGCGGUCGCCUCAAAACAAGAAGGUCCCAGGUCGUCCUCUGUGUGGCGUUUGCAUGUUCUCCCCGUGUCUGCGUGGGUUUCCUCCGGGUGCUCCGGUUUCCUCCCACAGUCCAAAGACAUGUAGGUCAGGUGAAUCGGCCGUACUAAAUUGCCCCUAGGGGUGUGUGUGUGUGUGUGUGUGUGUGUGUGUGUGUGUGUGUGUGUGUGUGUGUGUGUGUGUGUGUGUGUGUGUGUUGUCCCUGUGAUGGACUGGCGGCCUGUCCAGGGUGUCUCCCCGCCUGCUGCCCAAUGACUGCUGGGAUAGGCUCCAGCAUCCCGCGACCCUGAGUAAGGAUAAGCGGUUUGGAUAAUGGAUGGAUUGGUCACGGUGGCAUUGUGUGAUUUUGGGUUUUUUUUUUUCUAUUUAUACGGCGACUGCUACCUACUGCAGCAGCAAGUUGCAUGGGUAAUAAGAUACCCUGAAUCCUAAAGGACGAUAAGUAUUCAGCUGCCCAAUACGUUUGACAUCUGUUGGUCGACAGAAAUUAAACUGUGCUCAGACGAUCACUUCUGCGUUUCACCGUUGAAACCAGUGCUUUUUUUAACAUGGCAGCGGUACUGGCGGUCCAAAAUGGUCACCCCAUCAAAAGCAGACGACAGUCCACGGUGGUGUUAUAUGGGGGGUCUGUGAUGCGACCAAAUCCUGAAGGUGUGCUAAACCAACAUCAAUGAUGCGAAGCAGCUCUUUUUAUGACAAAAAUGCUGUUGUUGAAACCGUCGCACAACUGAGUGUAAAUCAGCCUUGACAGUUCUUAGCAGUGGUGUGAUGAACAUGUGAAAGUUGGUGUUAGGAAAUAUAACAAUCCCCCAGGCGGUGUGUAGUUCAAUGCUCCCCCGGUAGCCCCUCGGGACCUUCUUUGACACAAUUACUCUCAAUCAGAAUAGAAUAUCAUCAAGCGGAGCCCGUUAGUUUGAAACCAAAUCCACUUUGAACUCAGACAAGGCAGUUUGAGUUGGUGAUGACGGAGUGCUCUCGGCGGCGUCAGUUUCUGGAGGGACUUUCAGGAAAUGGAUUCUCUGUGCGUCAACAUAUCUGACAAUGUGUUGAUGAUGCUACAUGUGGGUUUUAGGGUUGGUUGAGAAAAAAAAAGGUAAUUCUGUACAGUAAAGGUUCCCCUGAGGUCACAUGCGGAGGAUGGUGUGAAACUCAUCCUGUUGACAGCAUCGACACUGCUGCUUCGCUUAAAGCCAGGGGAGGAGAUGUUGUCUGCAGGAUGGAGUACCACUGAUCCACAGUUGGCCAUGUCAUACUGUUGUGUGGCCCUUUUUUAAAUAUAUAAUGGUCGGUUAACAGCUCUGUGGCAACCACACAACAGUGAAGCUCAGAUGUGUCACCUAAUACCACAAUAGCCUCUACCUUUGUUUCCAUCAAACUAUAUGUAUAUAUAUAUAUAUAUAUAUAUAUAUAUAUAUACACACACACACACACACACAUAUAUAUAUAUAUAUAUAUAUAUAUAUAUAUAUAUAUGCAAAUUCUGGCAUUGUGAAUAGAAUGCUAAAUUUUGAAAGUUAAAAAAUGGGUAAGAAAACCUUUGUGCUGUCAUGUCAUUAAGUUUACAUGAAAAGAGGCAAUGGAAAAUGAAUUUUUGCAAAAGUGAGAAAUUCUUUCUACACCUGUUUUGAUGACUUGCUUUGCCAUUUAAAACCAUGGACUGUGUGACCUGUAGGGGACCAAUCCUGCCAGAGAUGUGGUGGAUGCUGAGGUGGUGAAGUGAGGGUGAUGCGCUUGAACGUUCUGAUUUUUGUUUUUUGCUUUUGUUUUUUUUUUUUGUUGAAAGAACUUUCCUUUAAAGGUUUGAUGGUGUGUAUCUUGACAAUGUAAAACAUGCAGUCUAACAUGAGAAGAGAUUAUCACUAUCCUGGAAUCAAAAGUUUAGUCUUAAAUUAUCAUUAAUGUAUAAUUAUAAAUUUAAUUAUAAGUAUAAUGAAAGCACAUUCAGAUGCUUUUGGUAAGAAGUCGGCUUCAUGCAUGAACUUUAGAUUGAUUUGAACUACAUAGCCACACAAAAGAUUGUCCGCCAUGACUUAACGAACAUUAAGAAUCGGUUGAAGCUGUACCCUAAGUUAAAAGGUUCUCGCUUCACGGAUGUGCGUGGCCAACAUGGUGUGAGCCAGAUACACAAGUCCUGCAGGGAGAGACAAUACAGAGACGAUUAAGAUUUGCUGAGUUUCAUGUGACAAAUAAAUUGAGGUACAUCUCGCUCAGCCUGCCUACUGAUACACAUCUCUCUCUCUCUCACAUCUCUCUCACCUCUCUAUCCCUCUCUCUCUCUCUCUCUCUCUCUCUCACACCUCUCCGUCUCCCUCUCUCUGUCUCCCUCUCUCACCUCUCCAUCUCCCUCUCUCUCUCUGUCUCUCUCCAUCUCCCCCUCUCUCAUCUCUCUCUCCAUCUCCCUCUCUGUCUCCCUCUCUCGCUUAUCUCUCUCUCCAUCUCCUUCUCUCUCUCAUCUCUCUCCAUCUCCCUCUCUCACUCUCAUCUCUCUCUCUGACUCUCUCUCACUCUCUCCAUUCUGAUAAGAUGAAAACAAACAUUCCCAGUAAUCUGGCAUCAGCCCUACGAAGUGCAUCCCCUCGUCGGCUCGUACAUAGUACUUUUUGACAGACACAAAUUACUGGCCUCCAUCUUUAAAGGAAAGGUUUCUGCUGUGAACUCCAAAGAAAGACAAGAAGAGAAACCCAACUCCUAGUUGUCGCUCUGCCAAAGCCGAUGGAAUGUGGGAUAUUUCCUUUUUAAUUAUUCCCCACAGCCAAGAAUAACUAAACACGAGGAUGUUACAAGAAAGGAUGUAUAAUUUCUAAGCAAUUAUUUAUUUAUUCAUCGUCAUCAAACAAUGAGCACAUAGCUGUGUGUGUGUGUGUGUGUGUGUGUGUGUGUGUGUGUGUGUGUGUGUGUGUGUGUGUGUGUGUGUGUGUGUGUGUGUGUGUGUGUGUGUGUGAGUAACCUGCGUUUGGUGUGGCUGGAGGUGGUCGGGCCACUGGAUCACAUAGUUCAUAUGGAAUCUACAUGUUAGUGAACUUAAUUAGUUUGGCGCUUUACUAGUAAUUUAGUUUGUUUAAUGAACUGAUGUGACGCUUCCUGUUUAAAAAAAACAACACAAAAGAUUCCAUAGUUCAUGUAAAUGAUGCCUCAGGGAUAUCAUUUACAGAAAAAUUAUACAAUUAAAUUUACUGUUAGACAUUUUUGUCAGUAUUAAUCGACAUUAACAUUGUUAUUUAUGAACUUUUAUAUGACAUGAAUUACCAGCCCCAGGUUAGUUGCUUGACAUGGGUACGGCUGAAGGGGAAUAUGUGCAGUAAAGUUAAAGCUAUAGGUAGUAAUUUGCCCAGUACAGGAAAUAGCAUUGCAGUUGGAAAUACCACGCCAUGGCAGGACUAUUUAACUUACACAGCCAAAAUACUUCUCCAUAGUCUGACGCGUCUUAUUACUUGGUUCUGUGCAACAGCUGGCAAAUGAUGUCAAGGUUGUGUUCUACUGUUGUUACCCCCGGUUUUGGAUAUAAAACCAAACAAAAAUAACAAGUACAUUUCAUGCUAAAAAAAGUAAUCGAUUCUAUCCCCAAACAUGAAUAUCUGCAGGUAAAAUUCUUGAAAUGAAUCACAAACUCAAUAAUAAACUAAAAUCUACCUUGCUUUAAUUCCAGAAAUUAUUUCUUAGGAGUAGGUGACAGGGUUUUUUAUUCUCUCCCCGUGUUUUUGUUUUUUGUUUUGUUUUGUUUUUUUGUUUUUGAAAAAAAACUUUUUUUUUAGUAUGCUUAUCUUCAUUUCUUUAAAAUGAAAUCCAAAUACCUACCUUUAGUAGGCCCCUAACUUUACACUGAUUAAUUGACAGUUUAAGUAGAAGCCCACCAAUGGGAAGACUCCCAUCUGUAUAAUAAAAAAAGACAAAAAAUUGUGCUGUAAUUUAGUUCAAAAAUUUUAUAUUUAUUCCUUACUUGAAAAACCACCGGUUUCAACCAAAGCUAGUUAGAUUGGGUUUCCAGAAGAAGCACCUUAAAACACUAUAAAAAUGUGCAGUCUAGCAUUAUUAUCAUUAUUAUUAUUGUUAUUAUUAUUAUAGUGGUAGUAGUAUUGUCUUACUGAUUUACAGUGAAAUAUGAAAUGAUCCUAAGAUGCGUGCUAAGUGCUAAGUUGUGCUUUGGGAGCCGGACAGGCCUGAAGUGAUGUUGAACUGUGGAUAGACAGACCCUCGUAGGGAAAUGCUCAUCAGCGUAGGAGAUUUGAACCAAACUGUGCUCAUGUAUGUGGAACAGGCAGGCUGGACGGAGGUUGAUCGUAACAUUAGGAGUAAUGGCAACAGAAAGCUUAUCACCAGUCCUACGGCCCUUUGAUACUGUGAAACUUGAAGGGUCCUAAAACAAAGCAACAAAUGAUUGUUGCGAGUUAAACCACCUAAAGACUAUCUCCUUUAAAGACGAUAUCAGCGUUAUCUCUGAGCUAUACAAUGAGGUUGUUUUGCUUUUCUUUUCUUUUUUGUUUUUUUGGCUUGUUUUGCCUUCUAUAGGAUCCAUAUUCUGUUUUUUUCCCCUUUUUUGAUAUCAUACAGUACAGUUAUGUUAGUUGACUGCAAUUUCUAAUAUGCUAAAAAUCCAUAUUGACAUAAUUAUUAUCAUAUUGUUAUUAUUAAUUGUUAUUGCUGUAUGGGGAAUGUAGCCCAGUAAGAAGUUUGUGUUUCUGCACUGAUAUUUUAAUAAAGUAUACUGAUCCCUUCA